UUAUGCUAGUGUGUUUUUUUACAAUGUUAUGCUAGUGUUUGACGUCGUCUCCCAAUGUUUUUUUUUUCUAUUUCUUUUAUGAGAACUCGUUGACAAUCGUUCUGCACAAAUGAUUACUACAUUAGUCAUUUUGUUUAUCACAACGAUCCUAAUCGAUAUCACAACCAUGAAAACUAACAUUAUUGCACUUACAUCUUCAAUUUCUUUGAAUCGUCGAUAGAUUUCGAUGAGGUACGAAAACACAAACGUGAGUUUCGAACAAAAUUAGUAGUCAACCUAUUCACCUUCAAGAGUUUGGUAAAAUAUAUUUUUAUUUGGAAACACUUUGAAUUAGCAUUCAUUACAAUAGAAUCCAUUUCAUUAAUUACUUAGUAACCGAAAUCCGCUUUUCCCAAAUAUAUUCCCCGCGGCGAAGUCUUGUCUCUGUCACUUCUCCUCUCGAAUUCGGUCUCGCUCUCGCUCCAGCUGAAGAACACCAUCAAAUUUGGUUUCCUGCUCAGUGCCGCCAGAGCGAGAGUGUGCGUUUCCGUCAUAAUCUGCCAAGCAACUGCAACGACCUAAGCUCGAUUCAGUUCAGCCUGUGUGUUGAUGGGGGGAGUUUUGGUGUUCUCAGCAUUUGCAUGACAUUUUGUGAAGGAAGGAAGAAAAACCCCGUCCCUGAUUCGUCAGAGUUCGUCUUUUCUUUUCUACUUCGGUUCAUCGUCUCUGUGAAUUCUGACUUCCGCCUUCUCGUUUCGUAUGAAAUGUUCUGAUAAGUUUUUUUUUUUUUUUUUGUUGCGCUUUUUGAAAUGGCAGUUGGAAUCUCGUGGAAGCUAAUCCUUUUGCGUCAGGGGGGGAGAAAUUCGUUUUCAGCUUUGCUAGGGUUUUAGAUUUCCGUUUCUGGUUUUUGAAUUGCUGUUUGGAAGUUGAGGGAAUUUCGAAAGAUGAGGAGAAAGUUGGUGUUUAAUGGAUGGGGUUCGAAGGACCUGCUCGAGUUCCUUGCUUCAAUACGGAAGGAGACGGCCGAGCAAUUGUCUCAACAAGAAGUCGUCGGGAUAAUCUCCAAGUACUGUGCUGAUCGCAACCUGUUUGAUCCGGAAAAGAGGAAUAGGAUUCUCUGCGACGCGAAACUUCGGGCACUGUUCAGGCGAAAGUGGAUCAAUAAGAACGGCAUCCGCACGCACGUGGAGAAGCAUUUCGCCGAGAACCAAUUGGAUGAUGGUGGUGAUGACGAUGAUGAUGAUGAUGAUGCGAUGGAGAUAGGAGAACUGGUUAAUCAGGGGCUGGAAGUUGGUGAAGGGAGUGGUGAGAAUUAUGUGGUGACUGGUGAGAAGAGGAAGAGGAUACCAAGUCCUGAAGCUGAUUGCCAGAAGAAAGGAAAGGGGGUUGUGGUUGUGCACAAAGGGCUGUUUGCAUCGGUUACCGCUGAGAAUAUCAAACGUGUUUACCUAAGGAAGAAUGUUCUGUAUGCGUUGAUGAAGGAGCCGGAGAGUUUCGAUGCUAAAGUUGUUGGAUGCUUUGUGAGGAUCAAGACCGAUCCUUCGGACUACAGUAGGACAACCUCUCAUUUGCUUGCUCUGGUGACAGGGGUAAAGAGAUCUCCAGAAAAUGCUGAAAUGGGGGAUCCUGUUCUUCUGGAAGUUCCCUGUGUGCUGAAAGAUGUACCCAUUUCUGAGGUUUCUGAUGAGAAUUUCACUGAGGAUGAAUGUGAGGAUCUGCGUCAACGUGUUAAGGACGGCAUGCUUAAAAGGCCUCUGGUUGCAGACUUUCAGGAGAAGGCUCAGAGUCUCCACGAGGUUAUAACAAGAGAUUGGAUCAUAAGAGAGCUGGCACUAGGAAAACGCCGUAUCGAACUGGAAAGUCAGAAGGGAUGGAGUAGUGAGCUUGCCGGGUACUUUGAAGCAUGGAACGAACUCCACACACCCAAGGAGCAAUCUCGGCUGUUACAGGAAAUCCCAAAGAUCAUUGCAGAUGAAGAAGCGGGGGAAUCAGCAUGCAAGGAAAUACCCAGUCAUGGAAAACAGGCAGUGGUUCUACAACAAAAAGAAGUUUUGAGAAAAGUGAAACCAUCCAAAUAUCUAAUGAGAGCGGGAACUUGGAGUCCAGGCAAUGUGAUGGAAGCUACAGGUUCAGGAAAUCAAACAUUUGUUUCUCCAUGCAACAUGGAGAAAAAAACCAGACAAGAGGAGAUCAUAAAAAAGGCAGCGAAAACUACCGAAAGGGAAACACCUGCAGCAGCACCCUUUGUCAUGGAAAAGAGCAGAAAAAAUCAUGCACCCAACGUGGCAUCAAACUCGGCUGUGAAAACCAGCAAACAGACUACUGAAAAGAGCAUUCCCAGAAAGAUCGAGAUCAUCGAUCUAGGCAAUGAUGACGACGAAGGUGAUAAUACAAAGCCUGCCGCCAUCAGCAAUCAAGCAGCAGCAGCAGCAGCAAUGGUGGCCUCAACAAAAAACCUGAACACCAAGAUGUGGCACUGCAUUAGUGUACGACGGGGUCUGCGCAUUGGAGGGCUCUACUCCAUCUCUCUGUUGAAGAAAUUGAGAGAUUCCAGUUUCAGCCCUACGGGACUGUACUUCAAGGUCUGGAAGGAGGGACAGAGAGAGGAAGAAGCAAUUCUUCUGGAAGAGGCGAUUCGUCGGGCUUAUCGUUUGAAGUGAAUCACCAGUCAUUUUAUGAGAGUCAUCUAGAUACCCUAGAUUUGGGAUUAAGUCAAUGAAGAACUACAGAUCAGUCAAGUUUUUAUUUAAUUUGGAUGAUGAAUAGACCUCAGUAAUUUCUUUAAAGUUUAUUAUAGUUUUGAAUUUCUCAUAGAAACACCUUUACAGACUUGGGAGUUUAUAGCAUUAUACAGCGUUGAAAAUGAGGAUCUGUUGAACUGUGCAGCAUUUCCCGGGCCUGCUUUAGCUCUUAGUACAAACUCUUAAGUUGGAUGGGCAUCGGUCGAUUGUGCCCAAAACCGGAGCGAUCGAGACAAGAACAAAGUUGACAAAAGAUU